CGACUACGGUCUAUCCUCAUUUCCACCACGUAUCUGCUCAGGAGCUUGUGCAGCCCUCUCCGACACGCCAGCGCCGCAUCCUACCAUCUCUUGAAGAGAGACGUUCGCGGUUUCAAGAGGAUGGCUCCCUUUAAUGGCGUCGCUCUGCUCUCGCAGCUGCCCGAGCUGCCCAAAAUUCAAGGUGUAGAACACACCGACAACCCCAACAUCGCUUUCAGGCUGGCAAUUGCACAGACGCUCGUCCAAGCCCUCCCCGAGAUCUCCCUCGAGGCUGCAUUCGAGGGUGUCCAGGUCAGCAACAAAGAGGGCGACUUCAGCGUCGCCAUCCCCCGGUUCCGGCUCAAAUCUGGCAAGCCCCCGGAGCUGGCGGAGAAGGUCGCAAAAGCCUUUCAACCAUCGCCAUGGAUUGAGAGCGUGCAAGCGAAAGGUGCAUUCCUGCACUACAUCGUUCCUACCUCGACCCUCUCGAAUCUCGUCCUCUCCACCAUCCAAGCCAUGACGCCGCCGCCUCCUUCAGAUUCUGCCGACAAGAAGAAGAGCGUCGCCGAGCAAACCUCUGCAUACGGUACCAACCGCAGUGGUGCGGGAAAGAAGGCCAUCGUCGAGUUCUCAUCGCCCAACAUUGCCAAGCCGUUCCAUGCUGGUCACCUGCGGAGUACCAUCAUUGGCGCUUUCUUGGCUAACCUGUACGAGGCGAACGGCUGGUAUGUUGAGCGGUGGAACUACUUGGGCGAUUGGGGCAAGCAAUUUGGCCUUCUCGCCGUCGCAUGGGAGAAGUUCGGAAACGAAGAGAAGCUCAAGGAGGACGCCGUCAAGCAUCUUUACGAUAUCUACGUGCAGAUCAACAGGGAGGCUGAUGAGCAUCCCGAGCUGCACGACCAGGCUCGGGCGUACUUCAAGAGUAUGGAGGACGGCGACGAAAAGGCUCUCGGUCUCUGGAAGAAGUUCCGGGACCUCUCGAUCAAGAAGUACGAAGAGACCUACGCCCGGCUCAACAUUCACUUUGACGUCUACAGUGGCGAGUCGCAGGUCAAGAAGGAGAACAUCGCCGAGGCCCUGGACAAGAUCCGCACCGCCGACUUUGUCGAGAGGGCCGAUAAUGGAGCGCUGCUCAUCGACCUGACCAAGUACAAGCUCGAGAAGGCCGUCGUGGAGCGGAAAGACGGCACGCCGCUUUACUUGACUCGUGACAUUGCCGAGGCCAAGCAGCGGUGGGACAAGAUGACUGCCGAAAAGGGAUCCGGGUUCGACAAGAUGUUCUACGUCAUUGCCACGCAGCAAGAUCUGCACACGGCCCAAUUCUUCAAAGUGCUCGAGUUGAUGGGCUACGACUGGGCGCAGCCAUCCAAGGAUCCCCGGAUGCAGCACAUCAAUUUCGGCAUGGUCACGGGCAUGUCGACCCGGAAGGGCACAGCCGUCUUCCUGGACCACAUUCUCGAAGAGACCAAGGAAAACAUGCACAAUGUCAUGAAGACCAAUGCGGAAAAGUAUGCCCAGGUAGAGGACCCAGAGACGACGGCCGACAUCACAGGCAUGACCGCUGUCAAGAUCCAGGACAUGCAGGGCAAGCGGAUCAACAACUACCAGUUCGACUGGGCGCGGAUGUUGAGUUUCGAAGGCGACACGGGGCCUUACCUUCAGUACAACCACGUUCGGCUUUGCUCUGUUGAGCGCAGGGUCGCCGAGACGGAUGGUUUGCGGUUGCCAGACCCCUUGGAUCCUGCGACGCUCCGGCUCGACUUGCUCAAAGAGGACAAGGCAAAGGAGCUUCUCAUCAUCCUCGCCAGCUGGCCAGAUAUUGUCAAGUACGCCACGCGGGAGCUCCAGCCCAGCGUCGUUGUCCAGUACUGCUUCCGGCUCACUCACGCUGUCUCGAGCGCGUGGGAGGUUGUCAUUGUCAAGGGCCAGGAGAAGGACGUCGCCCUCGCUCGGCUCUUCAUGUACCGGUGCGCUCGGCUUGUUCUGGGCGCCGCGCUCCGACUCCUGACGAUUCCUCCACUGGAGCGGAUGUAAAGCUAUCUUUUUUUUCCAAGCAAUCUAGACUAAAAGGAUUCUCGUGCAAAAAGUAAAGGAUGAUCUACCGGUAAGGAAAAGG